GGAAAAGAGUCAACAUCUGAUGAAAUCCACAUCACCAGAAGCAAGCAAGCGAGGUUAGGAAGCAUCAGACUUGAUGUCUGUUGAUAUGGAUAAGUUUGACAUACAUACCAUAGCCGAGAUACUGAAACAAUACCUCCUGGAGCUGCCUGUACCUUUGAUCUCUUCAUCUGUCUACAAUGAAUUAGUCUGCUCUGCACAAGAAAAACAAAGCCUGGAAGAGUGUGGACAACAGAUUAGAAAGAUUCUGGACUCAGCAAGCACCCUUCAUCAGAAUUCUGUAAUCUUACAGACACUGACCAAACACUUCUGCCAUCUCUGUCAGAACAACAGCAAGAAUUUUCUUACUCCCAAACGGAUUGGUGAAUUCUAUGGUGAUGUCCUGUUUAAGCCAUGCCAGGCAAGCUCUAAUGUGACUCCAGAGUACCGUGUGAAGAUUAUUGAGGCACUGAUUGCUGCUGGGGGAGUAUCAGAGAUACGUGCUGGUGUUUUCUGUCCUGCUGGAAGUGGCUGCUCCAAGGGAAAAUAUACUAUGGAAGGUAUGCGGCCAGAAUCCUUUUUAUCUGUUUGA